UUGAAAAUAAAAAUAAGUAAUAAUAUUGAUAAAUCGGAAUCAUCACUAGAUUUUGAACGUGUUGCAACACGGAAUAUAUCUGCUGUUGAACAUUUCAGUCCGGAAAUACGCCAAAUGCUUGAUAAUGCAAUUACGUACUAUUCAUUUUGUUUAUCGAAAGAUCAACUUCUUGAAGAUAAUCAACGACAAUUUCCAUCUAUUCAAGCUUUUCCAGUUCAAUUCGGAAAAAAACAUGCUCAACAAUCGGAUCCCAAUAGACCAGGUAGAAAAUUCGGAGUUGUGAAAGACUAG